AUGCAAAUGAAUCCCAUGGACACUCAUUAUGUUCUCCACGUUCCACAGACGCCCAAGCGAAACAGAUGGAGCAGACCUCGACAAGUGUUGGUCGCUUGUGCGGUUGGAGCCGUGCUCCUCCUAGCCAUUGCCCUUGUUAGCCGGAAACCACAGAAUGCGCUGCUUAGUGCUCGAGCGAGGUUACAAGGAGAGACAAACCUUGGCCAUGCGGGGAAGCGAAUGCUAGAGAUGCUUGCUGCUGUCCCUGUGGACUUGGGGUGUGACGAAGCUUGCAAGACCAUCGUCAGCAGGGUGCAACGCGCUUGGGAGGUUGGGAUGUUGCUGUUCGAUGCGUGCGGUUCUUCUACAGACAAGACAUGCAAGAAUGAUAAGGAGUCGAUGUGUGCUUGCGAGAAGAAGGCCGGAAGGAUGAUGUGCAGCGAGCUGGAGUACGCGUGGGGGGAGCUUUGCCCGAACACAAAGUCGAUAGCGAUGCACCAGAGCGUCUGCGAUGGCGAUCUCAUCAAGCAGAUGCGAUCGAUGUGCGCCAAGUGCGAGCUGCUGCCUGGAGUUCUGGUCAACCACUUCCCCCUCGGCAGCGGCGGGAUGGACAAGAUAGACGACAGCUGGGUCAAGUUGACUGGGUCUCCUCCAACUGCGACGUCUCAAUCUGCACCGGAGUCCUCUGAAUCGUCGGAGGGUGGCCAGGUGGAGGAAGGGGGUGUUGCUAGCGGCAUGGAUGCAAGCGACUGA